AUGAAAGCAAACAAGGAACCCACGCGACCGAUUCGGCCCAAUCGGGCGCCUAACGCAGAAGGGUCGCUUGACAAUACGCAAAACGUCACAAACAUCUUCCUGGUGAACCUGUCUGUAGCGGAUCUACUGGUGACGCUGUUUUGCAUGCCGGUCCAGAUCUCCAAGGCCGUCACGCUGCUCUGGCACUUCGGAGAGGUCAUGUGCAAGACUGUCAACUUUCUGCAAGGAGUAGCGGUGUCGUCCAGUGUGUUCACGAUUACAGCGAUGUCCGUGGACCGCUACUUAGCGAUCACGCAGUCGCUGAGGGCUCCGUGGCUACCUUCGAGGCGCGGCGCGUGCGCGCUGCUCGUCGCGAUGUGGCUCGUUUCGUUCGCGAUUUUUGCGCCUCUUCUGGCCGUGGCUGUGGUGGAAAAGGAGGACGUUCCUGUGCUCGUUUCUGCUGAGAACUCUUCGAUGUUGGUAGAGAAAAGUGUACAGUUCUGUACAGAAAAAUGGCCCGACUCUAUCCGGAAAGAUGUGUACGGAGUCUUCAGUUUCAUUCUGGUGUACGCUGUGCCGGGUUGCAUUGUAGUGAUAUCAUACUCGCUGAUGGGUCGGCGACUCUGUUCAGUGUUGCCACCUUUUGAUCAGGCAGAGGGCAGUGCGAAUAGCCAGCAGCGGCUCCGGUUGGUUCGUGAGAGGAAGCGAGUUGCGUGGAUCUUAUUGUUGCUGGCCGUGCUGUUCGCGCUUUGUUGGCUACCAUACAACAUCCUGCAAUUGCUGCUCGACAUCAAUGCCGUAGAGGUGGAAACGGUGGCUACCGUUAUGCCUUAUACGCUGCUAGCAGGUCACGCGAAUUCUGCGAUCAACCCCAUCGUCUACUGCCUGAUGACCCGCAACUUCCGCCGAUCUCUGCGGAAGCUGCUCUGCCACGAUCCUGGUAACAUACACUCUAGUACUCAUUUCCAUAUGCAAGGAAUGCGUCAAAAGUCGAACUCGUCUAGUGUGCGAACGUACACCACCCUGACGCUGAGAAGUAGCAAUAACCAGGCUAGACCUUCCAACGUCCAGAGCGCACCUGGCUGCAGACACACCGGCGCAUCCAGGGAAACCUGGAAGGAGAGACAGGCACCACAGUUCUUGUAA